GCGUGAGUUCGACAUAGCCGUUUUAUAGUUUUGAAAAUCAGUGAUGAUUCAUUAAUAAAUCAUAAUUAGCACAACGAUUAUCUCAUUUUCUUCUUUAAUUAACCCAUCUACAAAAUUUCCAUUCCUCUAAUCGAAUCGAAGAAGCUUUCAUUUCUCUCUCUUGUUCAGAUUCUUCUGGUUCUGCCAUAAUCGUCGCUCGUCACUCAUUGGAGGAAGAAGAAGAAGAAGAAGAAGAAGAAGAAGAAGAACUCAGGUACACGCAACAACAACAACGCCAUCGUUUUCAGAUCCAAAUCGAGCGGUUGCGAUUCUCUGUUCACGUUCCGCCGAUUCCGAUUUUCCCUCACUUUCAUGUUCUUCUCCGUGUGUGAAUCAGAUCUUGAAAAUUGGCGCCCCAACGACGUUCCCAGCGCCACGUGGCGGGCCAGAUGCCGCAGGCCAAUGCCGCUGCACUGUAUGACCACGCCGCCGCAUCCGAUGCCGGCGACGCUGUCAUGGCGCGCUGGCUUCAGUCCGCCGGCUUGCAGCAUCUGGCUUCCCCCAUCGCUUCCUCCGGCAUCGACCAGCGCCUCCUCCCCAACCUUCUCAUGCAGGGUUAUGGAGCGCAGUCUGCCGAAGAGAAGCAGAGGCUUUUGAAGUUGAUGAGAAACCUCAAUUUCAAUGGGGAAUCUGGUUCGGAGCCAUAUACGCCCACCACCCAAACUUUAGGUGGAGUGGCUGGAUCAGAUGGGUUUUAUUCUCCUGAGUUCAGGGGGGAUUUUGGAGCCGGGCUUUUGGAUCUUCAUGCUAUGGAUGAUACAGAGCUUUUGUCUGAGCAUGUUAUUUCAGAACCUUUUGAACCUUCACCUUUCAUGCCUGGAGAUGCUAGAGUAUUUGAAGACGAUUUCGAUCCAAUUACUAGCAAGCUGGACAGAGAAGCAGAUGUUGAUGCAUCAAGUUCUUUACCUAUGAAUGAAAAAGAGAAUAGUACAAGGGAAAAUAAUGUAGCCAAGAUUAAAGUCGUGGUACGCAAAAGACCUUUAAACAAGAAGGAGCUUGCUAAAAAGGAGGAUGAUAUUGUAACUGUAUCUGAUAAUGCAUAUUUGACUCUCCAUGAGCCCAAACUAAAGGUUGAUUUGACAGCUUAUGUGGAGAAGCAUGAGUUUUGUUUUGAUGCUGUUCUUGAUGAGCAUGUUACCAAUGAUGAAGUAUACCGAGCUACAGUGGAACCAAUUAUUCCUACAAUUUUUGAGCGAACCAAAGCUACCUGUUUUGCUUAUGGUCAGACAGGAAGUGGCAAAACAUACACAAUGCAACCUUUACCACUCAGAGCCGCAGAAGAUCUUGUCCGACAGUUGCAUCGACCAGUUUACCAGAAUCAGAAAUUUAAAUUGUGGCUCAGUUACUUUGAGAUAUAUGGUGGAAAACUAUUUGAUCUUCUUAGUGACAGAAAGAAACUUUGCAUGAGGGAAGAUGGCCGACAGCAAGUUUGCAUUGUAGGACUGCAAGAAUUUGAAGUUUUUGAUGUACAAAUUGUUAAAGAAUUCAUUGAAAAGGGAAAUGCUGCAAGAAGUACAGGAUCCACUGGUGCUAAUGAGGAGUCUUCCAGGUCGCAUGCUAUCUUACAACUGGUGGUAAAGAAGCACCCUGAGGUGAAAGAGAGCAAGCGGAACAACAACAACGAUGGAAAUGAGGCAAGAAGUGGAAAGGUUGUGGGAAAGAUUUCUUUUAUUGAUCUUGCUGGAAGUGAAAGAGGUGCUGACACGACUGAUAAUGAUCGUCAGACACGGAUUGAAGGAGCAGAAAUCAACAAAAGUCUUUUGGCUUUGAAGGAAUGCAUUCGUGCUUUAGACAAUGACCAGAUCCAUAUUCCAUUUCGAGGAAGCAAACUUACAGAAGUACUCCGUGACUCCUUUGUGGGCAAUUCAAAGACUGUUAUGAUCUCUUGUAUAUCUCCAGGUGCUGGGUCUUGUGAACACACACUCAACACCUUGAGAUAUGCAGAUAGGGUUAAAAGUCUAUCCAAAAGUGGAAAUUCGAGAAAAGACCAGGUUCCAAAUUCUGUACCACAAGCUAAUAAGGAGGUUUCUUCCACAUCAUCUCUUCCAUCUAGUGCUGGUGCAGAGGAUUUUAACGACCAGCGUCAAGAGAAGACAAUGGAUAUGGGCAGGAAAUUUGUUGAAAGAGAAAGUUCUUUGUACAACUCUGCUACUGAUGUUGACAAACAGCCAUCAAGUGUUUCUUCAAGUUACCUACUAAACGGGCGAGAAGAAAAAGGUCUGACUUCUGCUUCAAUGGACAGGGAGAGGUUUGAAGUGAAGAACUCGUUCAACGAUUAUACCAGCCAAAAAAUGACCUCUUAUUCACAAAAUGAUACAGUUGAGAAAGUGCAAAAGGUGUCCCCCCCACGCAGAAAAGGAGCUAAGGAGGAAAAGUCUGAAAGACCUGCAAACUUGACGAAAAGGGAUGCCAAUGGUUCUGAUCUCUUCACGACAAGCUCCAAGCAGCAGACCAUGGGGAAUUAUAGCACUGUUACCACAGGGAAUUAUAGCACUGUUACCACUGGAUCCAGGCUUUAUGAAGCAGAAUCCUCUCCUGAUGGGAAUAUCAGUGCAGUACUGGAGGAGGAAGAAGCAUUAAUUGCUGCUCAUAGAAAAGAAAUAGAGGACACAAUGGAGAUUGUUCGUGAAGAAAUGAAACUCUUGGCCGAAGUGGACCAACCGGGAAGCCGGAUUGACAACUAUGUAACCCAAUUGAGCUUUGUGCUAUCUCGCAAAGCAGCUAGUCUCGUGGGUCUCCAAGCUCGCCUCGCAAGAUUCCAACAUCGACUGAAAGAACAGGAGAUUCUAAGCAGGAAACGAGUUCCCCGUCAAUAAGAGACUCGGCUUCUCUUAUACAAUGUCACUUAUGAUCUGUAUUCAUGUAUGUGUUGUUAGCAAUAUAGUUGGAAAGGUUUCGUUUAAUAUUAACAAAUCUUGUUUGGAUAUAUUCUAAUUAAAUUUACUUACAUGUAUAUGUCCUUUUUGUGA